CCUAGUGAUGCAUAUCAGGCAAGCCAUCAGCUUCAGGAUGGUGAUGUCAUCCUACUGGCAACCGACGGUUUUUUCGAUAAUGUAUUUGCCGAAGAAGCCGUCUCCAUUGUAAACAAAGAGCUUCAAGAUGUUGCAAGUCGCGAUUUCGAAGAACUUCGGUCACACGUGAGAAGACUUUCAAGAAGGUUGACCGAUACAGCAAGAAGGUAUUCCAUGGAUCCCAGGAGAGUUAGUCCUUUCUCGCAGAGUGCAAAGAAGAGCGGUGAAAGUCGUACUGGCGG